AUGGGAACUCAUCGAAUUAUCAUUGGUCUCGUCACCCUUUGUUGUUUUUGCCUACCUCAUCUCAUUGAAGCUAAACAACCAUUCGGAGUAUACCAACAACAAGUGUUCGUGGAUCAAUCGGGCCAUGGAAAUUUCACGACCAUACAAAAAGCUAUUGAUUCGGUCCCAACAAAUAAUAGUCAGUGGUUCUUCAUCAACGUUAACGCCGGCCUUUACAGAGAGAAAAUAAAGAUACCGUGGGAUAAACAGUUCAUAGUAAUUAUCGGAGCUGGGGAAAGGAUAACGAGGGUUGAAUGGAACGACCAUAACUCGAUUGAAAAAAGCCCUACCUUUGCUACUGAGGCCAAUCACACCGUCGUUAAAAGCAUCACUUUCGUCAAUUCCUACAACUUACCAAGCAAAGGGAAAAUAAACAAUAACCCUAGAGUUGCGGCCGUGGCAGGGUUUAUCGGCGGCGAUAAGUCGGCUUUUUACUCGGUAGGGUUUGCUGGAAUUCAAGACACCUUGUGGGACUCGGGUGGCCGACACUACUUCCACCGAUGCACCAUCCAAGGCGCGGUUGAUUUCAUCUUUGGUAGCGGCCAAUCUAUUUACCAGGUUAUUAAGGCUAAUGAUGAUUUGACUCCUGAGCAUUACCAGUUUUUCCUCUAUCAGCUUCUUCGUGGCCUCAAGUAUAUACACACAGCUAAUGUCUUUCAUCGGGAUCUAAAACCGAAAAACAUAUUGGCCAAUGCUGAUUGCAAACUCAAGAUCUGUGAUUUUGGACUUGCAAGAGUGGCGUUCAAUGAUACACCAACUGCCAUAUUCUGGACUGACUACGUAGCUACUCGAUGGUACCGGGCACCAGAACUGUGUGGAUCCUUUUUCUCAAAGUAUACACCGGCGAUAGAUAUAUGGAGCAUCGGGUGCAUUUUUGCAGAGAUCUUAACAGGGAAACCUCUUUUCCCCGGGAAAAAUGUGGUCCAUCAAUUGGAUCUGAUGACUGAUAUGUUGGGAACUCCAUCUGCCGAAGCCAUUGGAAGGGUGAGGAACGAGAAAGCUAGAAGAUACUUAAGCAGCAUGAGGAAGAAGAAGCCUAUACCUUUUUCGCAUAAGUUCCCACAUGCUGAUCCUCUCGCUCUUCGUCUUCUCGAAAGGAUGUUGGCUUUUGAACCCAAGGACCGGCCUACAGCUGAAGAGGCGCUUGCGGAUGUGUACUUCAAGGGUUUGGCUAAGGUUGAAAGAGAGCCCUCUGCUCAACCUGUCACAAAGUUGGAAUUUGAGUUUGAAAGGCGGAGAAUUACUAAAGAAGACGUGCGAGAGCUUAUAUACAGAGAGUCUCUGGAGUACCAUCCAAAGAUGCUGAAAGAAUACUUGGAUGGAUCAGAGCCAACUAACUUUAUGUACCCGAGUGCGGUGGAACAUUUCAAGAAACAGUUUGCUUACCUCGAGGAACAUUACAAGAAUGGUACUUCUCAUAAUCCCCCCGAGAGGCAGCAGCAUGCAUCAUUACCAAGGGCUUGCGUAUUGUACUCUGAUAACAAUCAUCCGAUGGCACAACAGAAUUCAGUUGAAGUCACUGAUGGACUUUCCAAGUGUAGCAUCAGAGACGAGAGACCUCGAGGUGCAGACAGGAAUGCUCAGAUGCCAAUGUCGAGAGUUCCUAUUAACGUCCCUCAAACGGUUCAAGGUGCUGCAGUAGCUAGACCUGGAAAAGUAGUUGGAUCAGUCUUACGCUAUAACAACUGCGGCGCAGCCACAGGCGUUGAAGCUCUUGAACAACAACAGCGUAGGAUGGUCAGAAAUCCAGCUGCCGCGUCGCAAUACCCAAAGAGGACUCAACCUUGCAAAAGUAACAGAGCAGAUGAAGAUUGUGCCGCCGCCGAAGGUCCAAGCAGAUUGAAACCAAACGCUCAGUAUAUACCACAGAAAGUGGCUGCAGCACAAGAUACUGCAAUGAGUCGCUGGUACUAGACAUUAUGUUUUGGUCUCGUUGAAGCUUUACUACUUCACGGCUUAGGGGAGAAGGCCCUUUGAAUCAUCCAUCGCAUUAUCAAGAGAGCGAAACUUGAAGAGAGUAAGACAUGGCUUAAGAGCGAGAUGAUAGAAAGAAAGGGUGAGAAGAUAAAGAAGAGUCUUCUUAUAGAUCGUGUCAUGUAAUUUGUCUUCAUACCUUUUGUGUUCUUAAGACAACCUUUGUUUAUCGAUGUUGUAACAAUUAUACUGCCUACAAUUCUUAUAUCCCCUGAACUCAUAUCUGUUUCACCUAACCUAAUACUCUGAUAAACACAGAGAUUAAUCCCCAAAUUUCAUUGGAUCUUUGAUU